CUUAUAAUACGAUACGGACUCGUGCGGUUAAUAGUUGAGAAGAUAUUGCGAUACGACAUUCCCGAGUACUCGCACAUUACUCGGUAUUUUAAGUAUGUGGCCUGCCAGAAACCCUACCUCACAGUAGCUCAGGUUCUCGCACGAUUCCUCUGGGCAAUUACACAUAUAUUCUGGACGACGGAAUGGCUAAAGGUCCUCUGGUCUAAUAAGGUUACCUUCUUAGUCGGGGGCAGGACGGUCAAGGAAAGAUACCAGUUUCAUCGCGGGCAUACGAUACUAGUUAAUAUAUGGGGUAUAAUUGGAUAUGGCUAUAAGAGUCCUUUACUCUUUAUUUACGGAUCUGGCAAGAAGGGAGCCUUUUGCCAGAAUAAUUACCUGUCACAAGUACUUGCGCCGCAUAUCGAGGGUAUUAUGGAGGCCUUUGCAGCCAUUACUCACCUACUUCGCCCCUCUGCCGAGCCUUUAUUUAUGGAAGAUAGUAACUCUGCUCAUGGCCACGAGUCUAUUCGCAAUUACUAUACUCGCUGGUAUACGGAGCAUGGUAUUAUAUUAAUGCCCCAUCCCUCUACAAGCCCUAAUAUAAACCCAAUUAAGAAGUAUUAGAGGAGAAUUAAGCAGGUAUUAUACAGACGGCGCCACUAACCCACUACGGAGGCUGAGAUAGAAGUAAUAGUCUUAGAGAAGUGGGACCGCAUACCACAAGAUUAGAUAAAUAAGCUAGUUUUAAAGCAAGAGCAUUGGGUCCAUAUACUUAUAUAGUAUUACGGGUGGUCAACUCCUAAUUAAAUACUGAUUAUAUACUUUGCGAUAGUGAAGUG